UGCAAAUCUGCGCUUCCUGAUUAUCGCAGGAAAACGGAAGCAAAAAUAAACAAGAAGUAAGUUCAAGCAAAUCCUUUUGGUUGUCAAUUUGUGCUAUGUUAACUUCGCCCGGAGAGAGAGACAAAAUAUCUUUCGUGACGGAAACUGAAACUUCGUGACAGAAAUUGAAAUAUUUUGUCCCGUCGCGCCACAUUGAAAUCGGAGAAAGAGGAACAAAAUGGCCGGAUUUGAAGUUGGUGAAAGUACUACAAUUAACUCCAGGUACAUGAGCGAAGUGACCGCUUCUUACAAUUCUUUCGACGAGACAAACCCUCUCCUUACAGGGCUUGAUCGAGAAUCUGGCUCACCGGAAGUCAUAAGACCUUGUUACUACUUAUUACAAAUUCUGGGCAUGUGGAAACCCAAAGAUGGAAAAUUUGCAUUCACGUGGCGUGUUUAUCGCCUGUUUGUCUACAUCUUUUGGCUGGGAUGUCUUGCAGCUAUCAUGUGUCUGGAUUUUAUACACUAUGGCUUUGACAAGAGUAAUAUUCACGUCACAGAGAUUAUAAACAGUGUCGGUACAUGUUUCGUUUUCUUGUGCCCGUUUAUGUUCACUCUUUAUUAUUUUAAACGCGGGCAGUACGUCGAACUUGUUUUCAGCGUGCAAAACGUUUCUCAUGAGUGGAAACAGAAGUUGAGCCGAAUUUCCCGUUGGUACACCUUCAUGUCUGUUAUUUUAUGGGGUCUUUGUGCCGCAUUUUUCAUGGUUCACUGGUUUCCGUUCUUCUCCAAAUGGUGGCAUUAUGGGAUUUACGUUCCCGCUGUCGUUUAUAUUUCAGGUUGGUGGAGCACAUGGUUAAGCUUAUAUGGAUUUGUUUGCCACGUUCACAGUCUACAAAUUGACACUGUUGUAGAAGAAAUGAAGUCAAGGGAACGCAAACCAACGACCAUUCUACAAAAACACUUCCAAUUACAAACUUCCCUGGAACGAACACAGAAGGAUUUUUUUCUCAUUAUUUCAUUAGCUUUAGCUUAUCACGCCCUGGAUUUAAUCAUUUUUAGCUUUGCUUAUUUCAGUUCAGCCUUUGGCAAAGAUUAUCCCAUGUGGCAAUACAUCGGUACAGUACUUUUUGACCUCAUCAGCAUUAUAUUUAAGCUGUAUCCACCAGCCAUAGUUGCAGCAGCAUCACAUCGCUUAGUGGCACAGGCCUCUAAAAGAUGUCAGUCACAGUUGACCCCCUUUACGACAGAGCUCCCUAUUGAAGAUAUGCAACUAUUUCAGUACAUGGCUUGGCGCGAGUCGGACAUGGGACUAAAGAUUCUCGGAAUUCGCAUCACUGUGGAACUAGCGAUCAAAAUCCUUAUGACCAUUAGCACAGCUGCGAUAUCUUUUGUAGCUUUUGUUAUACCCAAGUUGAAUAAGUAAACAUUUUAACCUCCCAA